AACAAAGCUGGUUUCAUUCCUGCCUCCUGCUUUCUUUCACUUUGGAUACAUGUCCAUUAUUUUAUGAUUUGGUCCAAUCUGGGCACCAAAAAGGAACAAUAAAGGUUCUUUAAUCGGUUCUGGCUCUCAUGUAAACGAGAAUGGGGACUCAAGGCAGCCCGGUGAAAAGCUAUGAUUAUCUACUGAAGUUCCUGCUGGUGGGAGACAGUGAUGUUGGGAAAGGAGAGAUACUGGACAGUUUGCAGGAUGGAUCUGCAGAAUCGCCGUACGCCUACAGCAGUGGAAUCGACUACAAGACGACCACAAUCCUGCUGGACGGAAGGAGGGUAAAGCUGGAGCUCUGGGACACGUCAGGCCAAGGCCGAUUCUGCACUAUUUUUCGCUCCUACUCCAGAGGUGCACAGGGCAUCCUGUUGGUGUAUGACAUCACUAACCGCUGGUCCUUUGACGGGAUCGACCGCUGGAUUAGAGAGAUCGAUGAGCAUGCUCCCGGGGUACCGAGGAUUCUGGUAGGGAACCGGCUUCACCUGGCGUUCAAGCGGCAGGUUCCCACCGAGCAGGCCCGCGCGUACGCUGAGAAGAACGGCAUGACCUUCUUCGAAGUGAGUCCGCUCUGCAACUUCAACGUCAUCGAGUCGUUCACAGAGCUGUCCCGCAUCGUCCUCAUGAGGCACGGCAUGGAGAAGUUUUGGAAACCCAAUCGAGUGUUCAGUCUGCAGGACCUGUGCUGCCGCGCCAUCGUCUCCUGCACGCCGGUCCAUCUAAUCGACAAGCUGCCCUUACCUGUGGCCAUCAAGAGCCACCUGAAGUCCUUCUCCAUGGCCAACGGCAUGAACGCCGUCAUGAUGCACGGCCGGUCGUACUCGGUGGUCAACAGCGGCGGCAGCAAAGGUAGCAGCCUGAAACGUUCAAAAUCCAUCCGGCCGCCCCAGAGCCCCCCUCAGAACUGCACCAGGGGCAACUGCAAGAUCUCCUAGCCCCGAGCGAACUCCCCCUCGGGCUCUCAGGAGGACACGGAGACACAAACUACACGAACAACACACAGUUUACUGGACAACAGCCCGAGUGGGGGUGAUUUGUACUGCAAUAGCGCCCUCAGGUGGAGAGUCGGCACAGUGCGGGUGCAGAGCUGUCAGUUCAUUCAAUCAAGCAGUUAAAGGAAAUCAUCAACGCUGAUCUACCACAUCUGUGGAGCAUGUGUGAUUAACACGGACAAUCAGUUCCACACGUUUCCCUCAUCUGAGAAAAACAAACAAACCUUUAAAAUCGAAGCUUAAAUAAUAUCAAUACGACUGCAUAUAAUAAGUGGUAUAGUAGGUAUGUUCGAUCCCGAGCGCUGCUUACUGUUAAUGUAAAGUUUGGCAUGUUCCUCACACCUCCCGAUACAUAGUAGUAGUAGUACUCAAAAUUGCCCACAGGUAGCAGGAGUGUGUCAGUAAUACCCUCAAAGUCCAGCAAGUUUCUACCUUGUGCCCAGUGUGUCUAAAUUUAUCAAGACCCUGAUCAGUUAUAGCUGUCAAUGAGGACAAUUAAGGGUGUAGGGUCUUGCCCAGGGGCCCAAUAGUGGCAACCUGACCCAUUACUAGAACACAACCUGCAUUAGUGAAGCAUUAUAUGAUUACAGAUGUACAACGUCAUCUAUAUAGAGGCUUAUUAAAUCAGCAUUAAAGCACGCAUGUAUACAGAUACAGAAUCAUUCUCACUGACCGUACCGUACUUCUGGGCUUCUAGUUACCCAAUUCGUAUUUCCUCCAGUCCUUCCCCCCCCUCCGACACGUGCGCAGUAGCCGACCGCUUCUUUUCAUCUGCACGGAGUUUGUAUGGAGAUCCGUAUCGCGCACCGAUCUCUAUUAUUCCCCGUCUCAUCGUGCAGUACAAUCGAUCAGCCAGCAGAGGUCGCGAUUGCAGCAGUUAUGAGGAAUCCUUACAGCCCUCCCUCCCUCGGAUUAGCCGGGUAACGUCAAGUCUAGUAUCGAAAAGCAGAAUCAGGGAAUCGGGAGUCCGGGUGUAAACAGGUUAUAACUGACACGCUCCGAGCGUCUCUGAUAAUCGACAUGAGCUACAGAUGUGGUGGAUGGAAGAGAAGAACGAUUCACCUGCCGUCAUUCUCAUCAAACCGCAAUAUUUUUUCCUGCCUGGAGGACGAGGAUACGCACGCCAGGGUUUCUCCAUCUCUCUAACGACCUGCAUUUAUCGACGGAUCGCCACGUCCCGCAUGGUUUCGUAUGGCCGAACGAGUCCGUGUUGAGCUGCACACACGAUGAUAAACCGGUGUGGAAGCACAUUUUUAUUUUGAGGUCAUUUUCAACGCGACCGUUCGGUUUUCUGCUCCUAUACACCGUGAACAUUUUUGUCUUUUAUUUACGCACCUCCUCAGGGGACAGUUCUGACCGGAAGAAUCUUUUAAUAUACAUGUGUAUUUUUUAAUCUGUCUGUUUUGUUCAUCCGUUAAAGAUCUCCUGUGGGGUCGUCAUGCUCACAUGCUUUAUGUCACUUGCGUUUUUACAAAUGUUAGCCCUCACGUAAUUGUUAUCACAAGCUCUCUGAAUAUUAGAAGCACCCAGUUCGUCCACAUGUUGAUUCCUUUUGAACUUACACUUUCAGUUAGGGCUGUCACGGUAUUCAUAAUGCAAUCGGUUAACAGAAUUCUGUAAAUGCUUAUAAUUAGUGGUGCCACCUCAUGAUUUUCUAAGCUGAUUUCAUUUUCUUAAGUCCAGUCGGCCUAUAAAGGCUUGAACAUCUAAAACCAGUUAGGAAUAAUAUUGUUUGUUCUUUAAACCCAAAAAACAACCUAGAAACAUUUGACAACAGCUGAUAUUUGGCUCAAGUGUAGGAUCAGAGUUCAAAUGUAGUAUAUAGUUGCACCGACCACAUGAUUUACAUCGGGAAAAAAACGCCACCAAGGUCGAAAAAAUCAAGUCAAUUCCGAUCGUACCUGCCUAGUUUAUAUUGAUCGUUUACUCUUCCAAUAAACAAGCCUUAAUACAGAAAUGGAACCACAGAGCAGUAAAUGGUUCUAAUUUCAGACCAACAGGUUUAAGAACAAAUAUCAGGGCACUUAUCGGUUCGAAUCUCAGCUCUGCCACCCGGCUGGGCUGGGCGCCCACAUGAACAACGAUUGGCUGUUGUUCAUACAGGAUGGGAGCCGGAUAGGGACUCUUUAUAACUGAUGCAAUUACGACCUCUGCUGGCUGAUCGAUGGUGUCUGCACAGAGUCGAGGGAUAAUGAGGAUCAGGGCGUGGCUCUCCGUACACAAAGCUGAUCCGCAUAUGAACGAUGCAGUCAGGGGGCGUGUGUCAGUCUCACUCUCCUCAAUCAGGGUGGGGAUCAACAUCAGUAGAGAGAACGACAAUGCAUAAACGCAUGCGUUAUUCGUCUGUGGUUCUAGUAAUAAAAGCACAUGAAAACCAUGACAGCCCUAGUUUCAACCCGCCCUUGUGCCAAACCCCUUUUUUACCGCAUUAAAGAAUCCAGCUUGAGUCCUGUAAUUUUGGCGUCGGUGCACGUUUCUGCAUUUGAAAUCUCCCCCUGCUUUCAUUCCAGUGUUCUCAUAACAGACCUAAAUUCAGUGUUUGUUCUCGCAUGAGCUAAACGCACUCGUCUUCGCUCUCACCAGAACCAGGAGAGCGAGCGGUCACUUUAAAGCGGAGCCCAGAACAUCCAUCAAUAUCGAGCACAAAUGUAAAUGUUCAUCCGGCGCUCCUCGUCGCGCUUCUAAUUAUAUCGAUGAAUUCGUUCUGACGGAUCCGAACCGCGGUCGUGAUUCUGAUGAUUCAUGGCCGAUGAAUAAUGGAUUCCGCUUUCAUAGAUCUGCAGACUUCGAACCAGGGUAUCGAUCAGAUCGACCUGAUCGGCGUCCGUCCGUGUUGGAAGCACCCUGCUUUAAUUCCUCUCCCGUUCUGUCUCAGGGAAUUUGCUUAAAAACCCCGUAAGCAGCCCCUAUACCUGUUCCACCCCCUAAAUACUGCCUGUUUUACUCUGUUAUAAGCUAUACACACCUUUUGGAAGGAGACAAGUAAGGGUGCUGAUGUGUUGUGUGAGAAUUAGGGAAUUAGGGAUGGGCAAUUUCGUUCACAGGCAAAUACUAGCAGGUAAACACUGAAAAUAAAUGAUGCUUUUUAAUAAUUAUGCUAGUAAACAGUCGGCUGUAUCUCUCAUUAUCGUCUGGUUCUUAGUAAGCAUGUAUGCAACUCACACACGACUUUGCUUUACAUACACAGCGCUUCUACCUUAUCAUUCACCAUGUUUUACUGUUUCACCGUGCAGAAUAAAAGUGCUGGACAUUAGUAAACCUUCACUUUUAUUACUUUUAUUAAAAUGAACUGUAGUCUCCAGAAUAAUUAAGGAUUCCUCUGGGAUCCAGGGUUUGAAUCACUAAUGGUGAGGGUCAUGGAAUCACUGGGCGCGAUGCUUUAACACACGCCGGACAGGAAGCCAGUCCAUCUCUGGGGCUCGGCCACUUCCCUGUAUGUAGACGCCCCACUGGCUGAUAGUACUGAUAAGGUUUUGAACCAUAGAUCCCAGCAGUAGUGCGCCAACAAUGACCAUUUCUGGAUGAAAUAUUUUAGUCUUAGCAUCACACACACACGCACGUUUCUGGUGUGAAUUUAAGGCACUUUGAGCGUGUCUGUUUUUUGAACCAACAGUCCGAUUUCGAUUGCCCAUCCCUAGUGUGUUUGGCGAGGUGACCCAUUAUCACUCGGUAACUUUUUAAAUCCUGUGUUUUUUUCGGCUGGAAGGCAUCAGUGCUGUUUUCAGAACCCGUUGAAUCCUAGUAUUAGUUUUAGACUCCGAGCGUAGGAACUUGGGCUGCGUUCUCUUUCCGUGCUGCACGUCGUAAGUCGUGACUUAGUUAGAAGCCUCAGUUUGAACUUUUUGGGGGGUUUUGUAUAGUUAAGUGGGUUUUCUUUGUUUAAAGCCUUUCCGAAUUGAGGAUGGUUUGAAUCAGGGGUUUAAAAAAAAAAAGAAGCUUUUUUUCCGGACACAAAUCGACUCCCGUUCGCGUGGAUUUCAAUCCCAGUUUGGGUUUGAGCCGUGUGUGUGGAAAACGAGCCCGGUCCCCUGUGGGAUGGAUAAAGGGAAGAACAAUGUGAAUGCGCACUAUUGUAAACACUAUUUUUCUCCCCCCUUGGGUGUAAGCUUAAAGCUGCUGAUUAACUUAAGGAAUAAGAAAGUGUUCUUGGAACAACGAAGCGAACAUGAAUUUUUAAAUUAUUGACUGUACAGUUCUUAGUGUAUGAAAAGUGACGACUUUUUCACAAUAAAAUCAACAUUAUCAUUGAAACAA